AUGGCGCCUCCAAAGCUAAUAGGGCCAACACAACGCACUAUAAAACGUCCGGCCCUAAGUGAUGUUAGUAAUAUCCCGGCGGUAAGAGCAGCAAAGCCAAUCGCUACUAAACCUACUACAAAUGCCACUAUCCUCUCAAAAACAGCAGCAAAGCCAAUCGCUACUAAACCCACUACAAAUGCCAGCAUCAUCCCAAAAGCAGCAGCAAAGUCAAUCGCUACUAAAUCUACUACAAAUGUCACUAUCGUCUCAAAAACAGCAGUAACAGCAGGAGGAACAUCUAAUUAUGGCGAGACUUCCUCGUUAAAACAACAACUGCAACAACAAUCACUGCAAAUAAAACAACAACCACCACCACCAAAAGAACAAGUAGUUACUACUACUACUACUACUACAACGUCCGCACAUAAUUCAAAGAGAAUCAAAGUUCAGGAGGAAUGGGAAGAUCUUGAUAAAGAUGAUGUUAAUGAUCCAUUGAUGGUUUCAGAAUAUGUUGUUGAAAUAUUUGAAUAUUUACAUGAACUUGAAAAAGAAACAAUGCCGAACCCUAAUUACAUGGAAUUCCAAAAAGAAUUACAAUGGAAAAUGCGUGUAAUACUAGUCGACUGGCUCGUCGAAAUCCACAAUAAACUCCGUCUUUUACCCGAAACAUUAUUCCUAACCGUCAAUAUCGUCGAUCGCUUCCUUUCAGUACGCGUCGUCUCAUUAGUGAAACUCCAGCUGGUGGGAAUCACGUCAAUGUUUAUCGCGGCGAAAUAUGAGGAAAUUUGUGGUCCAUCAAUCAAGAAUUUCAUUUUCCUUUCCGAUGGCGGAUACUCUGAAGCAGAAAUGUUGAAGGCCGAACGGUAUAUAUUGCAAACUCUCGAUUUCAAAUUGAGUUAUCCGUCACCGAUGAAUUUCUUGAGACGAAUUUCUAAAGCAGAUAAUUACGAAGUUAAUGCUCGUACAAUUGCAAAGUAUCUUCUUGAAGUUAUGUUGCUGGAUCAUCGGUUCUUGGCUACACCACCGUCUAAAGCUGCUGCUGCCGCUUUAUUUCUUGCGCGUUAUGUGAUUGGAAAUGCGGAAUGGCACGCCAAUUUAGUACAUUAUUCGACCUACACCGAAGAAGAACUCAUGUCGACUAUUGAAUUGCUCAUUGAUCACCUGAAGAGACCUAGAAAAGUAGAGGCAGUAUACAGGAAAUAUUCGGCUAAACGAUUCAUACGAGCCAGCGUCUACGUGCAGGAAUGGAUUAACAGGAAUUAUAAGGACACCAUCACCACAACAGAAAAUUAUC